CUGUUCCCGCCUAUUUCUCUAACCAAAAAUUUAGACUUGUUCUUGUUAUCUAUGCUUAGGCCUAUCUUUGUUUUUUGUGAAUUAGUUGUCUUUUUAUUUCACUAGUUUAAAUUGUAUAAAAUGAGUAAUCAUUUUGAAAAUCUUCGUGAACUAGGAAAAAGGAUUGAUGAAGGUAUUGAACAUCUUGAAAAUAAACUUGCUAAUCCAUAUAGUCUGGGAGUAGUCACUUCAAAAUCAGCAGCAUUAUGUGAGAAAACAAUUGAGAAGUUGGAAAAUGAAAUGAAAGAUCUGCUGGAGAACAUCGAACCAUUCAUCAAAGAGGAAACAGAAGAUUUAGAAGAAAUACAAGGCGACAUUGACGCUGUGAAUGAUUUUAUGAAGAAAUUAAUUGAUAAUAUCAAUGUUAUGGAAUCCAGGUUGAGGAAUAAACCAGACUACGUUCCUUUUUCAAUGCCUAUUCAGGACAACUUUUCACCUGUAUCACCUGUAAACUCUGUGAUCGAUGACUGCUCAGUGGCCAACACUUCGAUCUUGAAAGAUCUCACCAACAGCGAAAAUCUCAUCGGAAACGAAUCACCGAACUUGUUGGUGUCUCCCAACUACAUCAGCACGCCAGAGCCGGGCUCCAGUUGCCGCCGGUUCUCCACCUCGUCGCGGAAGCCGACCAACCUCACACCGUUCCAAAAGAUCUGGCAGAAACACAACCAGUCACCUGACAUCAGCCAUCUCAGUGAGAACAUGUCUCGGCUCGACACUCCCGGCAAUCUCAGCAGAAACUCCAACAGGUCGUUUCUAAGAAAUCAACCUCAACUUCCGAAAGUUCCCGCUAUGCAUAACGGUGGACUCAAAAAGAAAGAGAUUAUCGAGUCCCCUAAAGAGCCUGAAUGUUCGUUUCAAGUUUUUCGUCGUCCACAUUACCAGAGAAACUACAAUUACAAUUGAGAGGUACUACAAUUAUUAUAAAUACUUGUGUUGUUUUGUCUGUAUUGCUCACAAUCAUCCUUACUACCCAAUUUGUUGGUCAUAUUCUCAGUUAUUUUAAUAUAAAUCGGAUCAGCUGGUGGUUUAAACUCUAAGGGCCGUUUGCACAGUCACAGUUUAAACUAAAUUUUAUUUUAAACUGGAUUAAAUCCGUAUCAAGUCUUGUUUGUUAUAAUAUGAUUCAUUUUGAGUUUAAACCACCAGCUGAUUAAAUCCAGUUUCAGCUUUGACUGUGCAAACUGCCCUUAAUGGAACUAUGGAAUAAUGAAAGUAUCCUCUCUCCCUAGAAUGAAACAAAUUAUGAUUGAUGGAUGUGACCGUUGACCAUAGCUUAAUGAUCCAUAGCUUUAAACUUUCAACUAAGCUUUCUACUAACUUCACUGCGCAUCCAAGUACUCUUUGAUGAUGAUAAGAAUAUUGCUUAUCCAUAUGUACACAUUUCUGAUUCUAUGUUAUGUUUUCUUGUAAUUAAUUUUUAUUGUACUCAAUAUUUAUGUUAUUUUCUACCACUUACCAUAUUAUAAUAGUCUUUGAGAUGUCGGUAUAUAAUUUAUGCGUGAUGCAUGUAUAAAAUUAGUUUGUUGAAAUGAUAAUUUGUUGUAAAUUAAGUUUUAGAUUGGUAACUUGGAGUCACUGGAAUUUAGCGGUAUACACAUUCAUCUAUUGCCUCAGUCAUGAGUCAAAACUCCAUUAGUUCCUAAGUGCCAUCCCAAUAUAAAAAAAUUUCUGUCGCAAACUUCUCAUAAAAUUAUAUUUAUCAUCUAUCGAUGCUCAUUUGUAGCUCUUAUCUGUCAACCUUUUUCUUUCUGUUGUCGAAAUAAUCCUAUUAUUAUUCAAAACAAUAAUGCAUUAUGUUUAAGUGAUCCUGAAAUAUAAGUGGGACACUUCUUGGUUGCUUGAAUUAAAAUAUUAAAAUAGCAUCUGAAUGACAGUGAAUCACUUGAUUAAUCGCACCAGAAAAAUCAACUCAUUAUAGGAAGUUGAGAAAUUAGUAGUCUGAAGAGUUAAAAUAUAAAAAUUCACUUUAAAUUUAAUAAAUUGGAGGAAUCUACUAUUUGCAACAUUCAAGUUUAUAAGUUACUUAGACAAGGAAAUGUUUCAGGUGGGUUGCCAUCUUCAGGUAGGCUAUAUAUUGAAAAAAAUCCUGAAGAUUCCUGCAACCAAUCUUUCGGGUGGGUUGCCAUCUUUAGGUAGGCUAUAUAUUGAAAAAAAUCCUGAAGAUUCCUGCAACCAAUCUUUCGGGUGGGUUGCCAUCUUCAGGUAGACUAUAUAUUAAAAAAAAUCCUGAAGAUUCCUGCAACCAAUCUUUCGGGUGGGUUGCCAUCUUCAGGUAGGCUAUAUAUUAAAAAAAAUCCUGAAGAUUCCUGCAACCCAGUCGAAAAUCUCGUUGUUCAAGUAACUUAUAAAUUUGGAAGUUUCAAAACAUAGCCUGCAAGUUUAAUUUAUUAAAUUCCAAGUGCAUUAAUAACCACAGUCCGUGAUAGAAUCCAAAAUUGAUAGAUAAAUAAAUUUGAUGAGCAAGUAUAGUGACGUAGGUAAGGAGUGGUUGAAAAAAUCGAAUUAGAAUAUUAACUGCCUGUUGCACAAAAUCCAUUUAAAUCGUGAUUUAAUUCACGAGAACCAUUUAGAGAAGCCUUCUCUGAUUUUUUUAAACCGGCUUUUGUGCGACUGGACCAAUAUCUUAAUCUCUUAUUUAAAAUGUGACUAAAGAUAAUAAUAAAGCGACUGAGAUUAGAAAAAAAUCAUAAAUGCCUUGUAUCAAUUUAUAUUUGUUAUUAUUGUUGUAUUCAAAUUAUUGUAUUUAAUAAUCCAUAAUAUUAAUUCUAAAGAUUUGUUCUUCUAUCAGUCUAAUAAAACAUUUACAGUAUAUAUUUUGAAAAUAAAUUGUUUACUCUUUA